ACACUGGAGCACCUCUUCCGCAGAGCUGCCUUGAGAUCCUUGCAGGAAACAAAAAAAAUAUAUUCAACUAAAGCUGUGACUCCCAUUUUUUUAAUUAUAUUUUUACUGCGAUAUUUCCGAGACUACUAAUGAGUUUUUAUUUAGUUGCUGCGUUUAGCUUUAAACGUCGUGCUUGUUUUAUAGGACCGCAGUGGGGUCCUUUACUCGUUCAGGACCUUCAGGCAUCGCCUCCAUUCAGCCAUUGUAGUAAAGCUUGUGCGGAAUUCUGCGGCGGUGGUUUGUUAUGAUCUGUGUGUGAUUUCACAGAUUCCAUAUGCUGCUAUGUGACUCAAAUUAGCAGACAUACUUCGGUGUCAGCUCGAACGAUUCUUUUGUCGGCGAGGAGCAGGGCUGUAAUGUCUGGAGCUGUCGGUGGAGGCGGAGGAGCAGGAGGAGGAGGCUCCCCUUAUCUGGGCGCAGCGGCAACAGCUAGCUGCAACUCCGCCGGCUCCCCCUACGCUGCAGCAGCCGGAGGAGGCGCAGGGGUGGCCGGGUGUCUGCCAGCCCGGGUCCUGGAGCAUGUUUUCUCCUAUCUGGAGCUGUCUGACCUGAUGCAGUGUUCGCUGGUGUGCUGGCACUGGAACAAUAUCCUGGCGGAUGAAAACAGCGAGGUGUGGCGCAGCCUCAGCAGCCGGAGUCUGAGCGAUGAAGCUCUGCGGUCUGAUAUUCUGUGCAACCUACCUACCUAUAAAGGCAAACUAAAGGCUUACCAACAUGCCCUCAGCUCACACGACUGCUCUCGCAAUGUCUACGUGAAGAAGAACGGCUUUACCCUGCACCGCAACCCCAUCGCCCAGAGCACAGAUGGCGCACGUGGCAAAAUUGGCUUUUCGGAAGGGCGGCAUGCCUGGGAGAUCUGGUGGGAAGGCCCCCUCGGGACAGUGGCGGUAAUAGGGAUUGCCACCAAGAGGGCGUCGAUGCAGUGUCAGGGCUACGUAGCACUUCUGGGCAGUGAUGACCAGAGCUGGGGCUGGAACCUGGUGGACAACAACCUGCUUCACAACGGCGAAGUUAACGGGAAUUUUCCUCAGUGUAACAACGCACCCAAGUAUCAGAUCGGGGAAAGAAUUCGAGUCAUUUUAGACAUGGACGACAAGACGUUAGCCUUCGAAAGGGGUUUCGAGUUUCUCGGAGUAGCGUUCCGUGGAUUGCCCAAAGUCUGCCUCUUCCCCGCUGUCUCCGCUGUGUAUGGCAAUACUGAGGUGACCAUGGUGUACCUGGGAAAACCUCUGGACGGCUAGGUGCGGAACGCAUGCCACUGUUUUUAACUAACAUGCUGCCAACGUGUACAGGACUUCUGUCAGCAGAGUGCCAGCAAUGGUUUUUUUUGCACCCCGGAGACUCACGUACCCAAAGAUAACUGUUGGAAUUUCUACUACAGCUGCACAUAAACCAUGGAUCAAGGAUCUGUUUUUUAACAACAAACACAAAGAACAGAUGAAAAACCAUACAAUUGUGCCCAAAUCAGAGUGGAGUUCAUCUGCUGGACUUUUCUUUUUUUUUCUUUUUUUUUUCUCCAUACAAGACGUUGAUGUAAUAGCGUCAAAUGAGGCCAACUAUUCUUAGGCUGUGGCAAACUCUUUGAGACAUCUUUAAUGUGACAAAGUUGACGGCGUACAAGCUAGCAGAAACCGUUUAUAGCAGUAAAACCUCAACAAGUGACUUUUCUAUUAUGGGUUGUUUUUUUUUUGUUUUGUUUGUUUGUUUUUUUGUUUGCCAAAUCGAUCAGAUCUAAGGUUGUAUCGUGAUAAAGGCCAAUAGGCUGCAGGGACCAUCUGUCGUGCAUGAGCAUGGACACUGGUGGGUGGACUGAAACACUCGUCCUUUUAACAAAAACAUUCAGUAAUGGUUAUAUAAAAAAAAAAACAAGAAAUUGAAAUAAACUAUGUCUAUUUCUUAUUGUGUCCUUUAAUGUGCUACUGUAGUAUUAAACACUAUUUAUUGGUUUUAUCUAUGGUACUAUCCAUCUGUAUGAUAUAAAGGCCUAAAAAAUAAAGUCUACAUGGUGCCACUCUUAAAAA